UUCAAAUAUUGGGGGUAGAAUAGCCGUUUCCGAGUUUUUAUCGCUUUCUUGCAUCAUUUUCUUUUCUUGGAUUGGAUUGGAUUGGAUGGGGAUGCCAUCGGCGGAAGACUCUCGUCUCAGCCGGCUCGUCGGUCAUUCGAGGAAGUCCCACUUCCACGACACACGAGCAAGCAAUUCGUGGAGUAAAGUAAUCGACUGACUGACUUUGAUGUUGCCUGUUCAAAGCUGACGGACCAAACCCCCGUUAUUCUUCCAAUGUUUUGAUCUUCCCGUUUUCGCUGCACCUUCCAACAGUACCCAUUGACUGAAUGUGCCCCGCCCCCAUCAAAUUGGUAUUUGGUAUGUGACAAGUAAAUCCUUUUCACAAUCAGUUACAACCGCAAGCAAAAGCUGGGGCGCAGAAAUUAAUUAAAUCCGUUUCGGAGCUGCCUGGUAUUGCUUCCUUUCCUGCCCCAUCUGUUUUGGACUUUUGAUUAUGGGGGAAAUUCGUACGGCCGAGUAAAGGAUUAGGUGGCCGGGGAUCGAUUUAGCGAGUUUAGGUUUGGGAAACAGCGGCGGGAUGAGGGCGGAGAGGGAAAUUGUUGAGGUAGUGGCGGCUAGAACGGCGUCGUCUCCGGUGGUUACGGAGGGUGUAAUGUUUGUGGCUUUGGGGAAGGAUGUGAAGGAGGGUGAGACGGUUUUGAUGUGGGCUUUGCACAAUUCGAGAAGGAUGAAGAUUUGUGUGCUUCAUGUCCAUCAGCCUGCUCAGAAGAUUCCCAUGAUGGGCACUAAAGUUCCGAUUAGCUUGAUGGAAGAACAUCAAGUUAAAGCGUAUCAUGAAGAAGAGAGGAAAAAGAUGCACAAGACACUGGACAAAUAUGUCCAUAUCUGCAACCAAUCCGGGGUGCAAGCGGAGAAACUAUGGAAAGAAUCGGAUUCUAUUGAGAAGUGCAUAGUGCAGCUCGUAUCGGAUAAUGCUAUCAGGUGGCUUGUCAUGGGAGCUGCAGCAAACAGAUCUUAUUCAAGAAAAAUGAAGGAACCUAAGUCGAAGAAAGCGAACUAUGUGCGCACGGAAGCACCCUCUUUCUGUCACAUCUCAUUUGUAUGUAAAGGCAAGCUUAUAUUCACAAGGGAAGGUAAAUCAGAUGGGAUCAAUCUGGAUGGAGAGGCUACACCAUUCCAACCCAGUCCAUAUUCCCAGCCUGGAAUACCUAUUAGAUCACGAUCUGUCGCAGAAGCAGAAAAUCGUGGUACAAGGGUUCGAAGUCCUUCGAUAGAGUAUCGUAGGGCCAGAUCUGACAAUCAUGUGAUGCAACAAUCUGCACCAUCAACGGGCUCCGCAAGGUCAUUUCCUCAGGGUAGUUUGAAUCCAGAAGAUAAUUCUGAUUGCGACACUUAUUCGAGGGGAAGUCUGUCGGUAGGUUCUCAGGGCUCAACAUUUUCAAGUGAAGUAUCGGCCUUAAUUACACCUAGCAGCGAAGGUAAUGAAAUUGUGUCUGAGCUACCUGGGAUUCAACAGGACCAUGAGGAUCAGUACCAUUCCUCUGUGGCUUCCAGUGGCAUUGAUGGGAGCAUGAACGACGGGCUCUAUGAUAAGCUCGAGCAAUUUGUGGCUGAAGCAGAAAGUUCCCAAAAAGAAGCAUUCGAUGAAUCAAUGAGGCGCAAGAAAGCUGAAAAGGAUGUCAUCGAGGCCAUUCGCAAAGUUAAAGCAUGUGAAGCUAUGUAUGCUGAGGAGCUAAGAAGGAGAAGAGAAAUUGAAGAAACACUAGCAAGUGGGAGAGGAGAAGCCGAGGAGAUGAGAAGGCAACUCAACGAAGUAAUUUAUGACCUUAGAGCUGCUCAGGAACAGAGAUUCUCUUUGGAGUGUCAAAUUGCAGAUUCUGAUAAGUUGGUAGAGGAAUUGGAGCAGAAAAUGUUCUCUGCUGUUGAGUUGCUGCAGAAGUAUAAGAAUGAAAGAGACAAGCUGCAGGUUGAGCGCGAUAGUGCUCUCAGGGAAGCCGAGGAGCUGAGGAAAAAACAAACUGAGGCAGCGUCGAGUUCUUCUGUAAGUCAGUUCUUUUCAGAGUUCUCUUUCCUGGAAAUUGAGGAGGCAACGAACAACUUUAGCCAAUCCAUGAAGAUCGGCGAAGGAGGCUAUGGAAGCAUUUAUAAAGGGCAUCUACGGCACACUCAGGUGGCUAUAAAGAUGCUACAUCCGAAUAGCUCGCAAGGACCUUUUGAAUUCCAACAGGAGGUAAAUAUAUUAAGUAAGCUGAGGCAUCCAAACAUUGUUACCCUGAUAGGAGCCUGCCCAGAAGCUUGGGCUCUUGUCUAUGAGUAUCUCCCGAACGGAAGCCUUGAAGACCGUCUGAAUUGCCGAAAUAACACUCCCCCGCUGUCUUGGAAAGCUCGGAUCCGUAUUGCUGCGGAGCUCUGCUCUGCCCUUAUGUUCUUACAUUCUUGCCCUCCUCACGGGGUUGUGCACGGAGAUCUUAAGCCUUCUAAUCUGCUUCUCGACUCUAACUUUGUAUGCAAGCUCGGUGAUUUUGGGAUAUGUCGACAACUCCCUAAAGAUGAAUUUUCAGAAAACAACACAACACCAUGUUGUAGGACUGAUCCCAAAGGAACACUCAUCUACAUGGACCCGGAGUUCCUUUCAUCGGGAGAGCUUACACCGAAGUCUGAUGUUUAUUCCUUUGGAAUUAUAUUGUUGAGGCUUCUAACUGGAAGACCUGCACUGGGGAUAACGAAGGAAGUUCAGUACGCAAUAGAUAAAGGAAAUCUGAAUGAUCUACUGGAUGCGACGGCUGGGGAUUGGCCAUUCGUGCAGGCAAAGCAGUUGGCCUACUUAGCUCUCAGCUGCACGGAUAUGAAGCGCAGGGAUCGUCCUGACCUUGCUUCUGAGGUGUGGAAAGUGCUUGAACCCAUGAAAGUUUCCUGUGGGGUUUCAUCUCGGCGUGUUGGCUCUGAAGAGCAGCGAUACCAGAUCCCAUCGUAUUUCGUCUGCCCCAUCUUCCAGGAAAUCAUGCAAGAUCCAGUUGUUGCAGCAGACGGGUUCACCUACGAGUUAGAAGCUCUCAAGGGAUGGCUGGAGAGCGGCCACGAUACUUCCCCGAUGACCAACCUUAAGCUUCCACAUUGCGAUCUGCUGCCUAACCAUGCUCUUCGCUCUGCAAUUCAAGAAUGGCUGCACACACCUUGAAAUUACUUCCCUCUGGCUCUCUCUGCUUUCUUACUUUCUCAAUGCUUGCUUGCUUGUACAGAUCCUCUAUGUCUGCAUAG